AUGUAUUAAGAAUUAUGGAUUAACUGUAAUUUUAAUAGACCCUGUAAGAUUUAUAUUAUUUGUAAAGUGGAAUGGUAGAAUAUCGCAGUGAAUGAAUUUAUUUUUAAUACUUAUGGACCAGAAUUUUGUCAGAAAAGAGUUAUGGAAAUGAUAAUGAGUAAUGAAGAUUUGAAUAAUAUUGGAUAGAUACAUUUUAUAUAAAGAGACUCAGAAUUGGAGUAAUAAAAUAAGGAGUAGUAAAUAUAGAGUAAAAAUUUAAAUGUUGGUUAAGAAGAUUAAGAAUAAAUAAUUUAAACUUUAACUCAAUAGAAAGAGCAUAAAAGUUAUGGAUAUUGUUCAAUAUAUUGA